AUGACGGAGCCCGCGACAAGCGACGAGUCACGCCAACCCCAAGACCUGGCACCUCCCAACAUAUCAUCACAUGCCACCGAAAUCAGACCCGACGACGACCACCGCAAGAAUCUCCCAACCUUCGAGUCGAUAUUCACCCUCGUUACCAACACUUCUCAAAGCACCACUCAUCAUCCACACGUCCGAUACAUAUUUAGUGAUGAUGAUCCGGAUAUGCUUACCCAGGCUCUUGCCGAGUGCGAGGCCACCGAAGCCCAAGAAGGUUCCCGACACCGGGCAAUGAUGUUGGAUCUCAGUCCUGAUGCCAACGGCGGUUACAGCAUCGCGGGCGCCACCAGCUUGUCUCCAUCCUGGGCCGUACUUAGUGCAGAGCUCAGCCAAAUAUCUCCACCGUCUUCCGAUGGUGGCAACAACAAUGAUAGCAGAAACGACGGCGAUGAGCCUGCGAAGCGCCCUGAGAGGCUUAUGCUACGAGUUGAAGGCGUCGAAAGCUCAACCCUUGGCUCAGAGGUGGAUAUGGCUCUUUCUGAGGAUCAAAAUCGGCAAGGCUCUGGGAGCAGAAGCGGCCUAAGCAGUGGCGCCACGAACAGCCGUGCGGAUAUGGCGCCGACAAAUGACAACAUGGAAGACUAUGGCGUGCUGAUUGAAGACUUUCAGAAGCGCAUGCUGAUGUUGCGAAAAGUCGUGGACGCGGGAGAAGAGCGGCGGAAUCAUCGCGCGACCACAGACCUUGGGGUUGAGCAGGACUUAUCGACGGGACCGAUCCCGCAUGCGGACGAUCCGACAGGGAGACCUCCUGAUUGA